AUGGGUCAACCAUCCCACCCGGCUAGCAAUGCCAUCAUCUACCUCUCAUACGGAGCAUUCUUAGUCUUCGGAUGCUACAUCGCAUGGCGACUUCGACAUCAAACAAAGGGCGAAUACCUUUCGAGUAACAGAACGCAGACUGGUCAGAGUUUCUUCCCGCGUUCGUUCCCUCUGGCUUUGAAUUUCAUUGCUUCUGGUUAG